AUACAAGCCUGGCAUAAAUCCAGCCCCUGCCCAAUUCACCGGGAUAUAAAUAUCAUGAAUCUGCCAUCAGUUCUUCUCUCGCAAAUUCUUGAUUAUAGCAAAUUACCCGGAAUAUUAUUUCUAGAUACCCAGUAUUUGUUGAUACAAUGGCUAUCUUACCAGUCCAGUCAGCCUUAUUGGCGAGCGCUCCACAGCUUGAAACAAAUGACUGGCUCGACGAAUUCUAUAAUAGUGGCUACAUUGUGAUCAAAAAUGCAAUUCCCAAAGCCCGGGCUAUCGCCUAUCAGCAAAGAGCAUUUGAGUGGUUGAAUUCCUUCGGUACGGACCUGGACCUCGAGAAUCCCAAAACCUGGGUGAAAGAAAAUUUGCCUAUCCAGUCAAAAAUCAACACGUUUCAUAAUUAUGCAGUCAUGCAUGAAAAGUUCAUCUGGGAGGCUCGACAAGAACCCGGGGUCCUUGAGGCUUUCUCCAAACUCUGGGGCACAGAUGAAUUGCUUGUCAGCUUUGAUAGUCUGAAUGUCACGCUGCCCAAUCGCAAAGACGUGCCGCGAAAAGGUGCUUGGCAGCAUGUUGACCAGGGUCCCUUCAGAAGAGGUUUGCAGUGUGUCCAGGGUAUCAUCAAUCUCUCUUACGCUGGUCCGGAGGAUGGUGGCCUGGUUGUAUAUCCUGGUUCCCAUCGACUCUUUGAACAAUUUUUCGACACGACUACCGAUGAAGCUACCUGGAGUAAGAAAGAUUUGUACUUGUUCAGUGACUCUCAGCUGGAGUGGUAUGGAAUCCAGCCUUAUAAAGUUUGUGCUGAGCCAGGUGACUUGAUCAUGUGGGACAGCCGUCUUAUUCACUAUGGCGCCGAACCUACGAAGAAUAGCAAUGUGAUUCGCACUGUUAUCUAUGCUUCCUAUACUCCAGCUAGCUUUGCCACAAAGGAAGCUUUGGCAACAAAGGCGGAGAUUUUCAGGCAAUGGGGAGGAACGACUCAUUGGCCACAUGAUAAUAUUGUCGCCAGAGAGCGAAAGGCGAUUAGAGAGGAUGGGACUAUAGAUCCCAAAGAUCGCAGUGAGCCGUUGAACAAGCCUGGGAUGACGGACCAAUUGUUGAGAUUGGCGGGUUUGAAGGCCUAUUGAUCUUUGUCAUAUUAUCUCAUGGACUGACGUACUGCGCAAUUACUUUGGAUUUAAUCUAUACUGUUCGUUCAUUGGCAAUAU